GAACCGAAGCUUUUCAGUUGAUUUUCAGACCGUGCCAGGAUAAGAACGGCACGGAACGGAACAAUCCCGGUUGCAUUUUUUUCCCGGAGACUCCGACUCCGAGUCCGAGUCCGUUUCCGAGUCCGAAUAUUUCGCGAAGUUCUACAGCCUCUCUCUCUCCAAAAAUUCAUCUAUUUUCGUAUAUUUUUUUUUUUAAUGUUUAUCUCUGUUUACGUGGUGGAGCAUUAAAAAAAUAUAAAUAAAUUAAAAUAAUAAAAGACAAAAACAAAAAAACAAAGACAAGUUGGAAGGAAAAGUUUCGGAAAUCGCAUUGAGGCCCAAAACAGGAUAAGACACGUUCCCCCAAUUACCUGCCGCAUAAGCCGCUCUCGGCCCGAUCGCCGUGCCACACACCCCCUCCCCCGCAACACGUUAAAGGGAAACUAAAGCCAUGGGCAAGAAGAACUCCAAGUUGAAGCAGGACACCAUCGAUCGCCUGACAACAGACACAUAUUUUACCGAAAAGGAAAUUCGUCAAUGGCACAAAGGCUUUCUCAAAGACUGUCCCAAUGGUUUGCUGACCGAACAAGGCUUCAUCAAAAUCUAUAAGCAAUUCUUCCCCGACGGAGACCCCAGCAAGUUUGCCUCGUUGGUCUUUCGCGUCUUCGACGAGAACAACGACGGAGCCAUCGAGUUCGAAGAGUUCAUCCGAGCACUGUCCAUCACAUCGCGCGGAAACCUAGACGAGAAAUUGCACUGGGCCUUCCGGCUGUACGAUGUGGACAACGACGGCUAUAUCACUCGCGAGGAGAUGUACAACAUAGUGGAUGCCAUCUACCAGAUGGUGGGCCAGCAACCGCAGACGGAGGACGAGAACACGCCCCAGAAGAGAGUGGACAAGAUCUUCGAUCAGAUGGACAAGAACCAUGACGAUCGCCUCACUUUGGAGGAGUUCCGCGAGGGCAGUAAGGCUGAUCCACGUAUAGUGCAGGCAUUAAGUUUAGGUGGUGAUUAACCGCAGGACCUGUAGUCCUGCCCAGGGGCGGAUCAGGGAGCGAUGGGGGGGGCAGGGAGGAGCGAUAGUGACGAGUGAUACGAGACAACGAAUUCCACUGAGAACCCUUCCAAAAAACCGCAAAUUGCUAACAAAAAAAAGGCUAAAAAUCGCCUCAAAAAAACACACACAUAUGUACUAUAAAAGCCAUUUACCCCCUACCCAGAGAAAAAAAGGGGGCCCCGGAAAUGAAAAAAAAAAACAACCUCCCACCCCUCGAAGAGUUUGAAGUGAAAUUCCAACUAAUAGCGAAUUAAAUAAAAAAUAUUUACAUAAUAUUUCAAUUAACAAACAAAAAAAGCCAAAAACAAAUAUUACACACAGAAAAAAAAACCAAAAAAAACACCAAUUUAAAAAAAACACAAAUUAUGAAUAAAUAUAGGUAUUUAAAAAAAGCAAAUAUAAAUUUAAAAAAUAUUAGGCAUUUGAGGCAUUUUUAUUGAAAUGCUUGCCAAGGCCCGGUUUGGCCAAAAAAAACUAUCGAUAUCGUUGCUGCCGAUAGUUAUUGAAUUCGAUAUAAUUUUUUUUUCCUCAAAAAAAAAACAAAAAAGCUAUUUAAUCUUUAUGCUGAUACCUAUACUUAUACAUAUACGAAUUAAUAAAAAUAUAUAUACCGAUAUAUAUACCGAUAUUUAUGCGAAAAAAAAAAAAUACUACGCUAUUGGCUUUGAAAAACGCUUUCAAGAACAGUUUAUUUUUGUGGCUGGUUGAUAAUCGAAACUAAAAUUCAAAUUAAAAACUAUCAAACACACACUAUUUAUUCUCUAGCUUAUUAAAGUAAUCAAAAAAAUAAGAAAGAAAUUAGAAUAAAGUUGAAAUAAAAAGCUUCCAGCAUGUGGCAUGAGUAAUCAGUUGCAAAAUCAAUCAAUUAAUUAAUUAAUCGAAUCAUUUCUCAUCAAGCUUGACAAUCAACCUGAUUUUGCGGAUUUUCAAUUUUCAUUCCAAUUUAAAGUCAUUACAAAAAAUUAUUAAAAAAAAAUACUUAAGAAACAUAUUAAGGAAUGCACUCGAUCUAUAUCAAUUUUUUAUAUUUCUAUUUUAUUUAAAUUUAAAAAAAAAUAAAAUAAAAACAAAAACCAGAGCUUGAAACUAUAUCGUAUAUUUAAUACUAAUGCCUUAUCAAAAAAAAAAAAAACAAAAAUAUUAAGAUUGAAAUCGAAACUAUCGCCUAAAUCAUCGAUAUCAUCUACUAUCGCUCCAUCUCUAUCUCUCACUCACUCUCUAUCUCUCUCUCUCUCUCUCUCUCUAUUUUGACAUUAAAAACUUGAAUUAAUUUUUUUGGUUAAAUCACCAUGCUAAAAUAAUUUCUAUAUUUUAUAUGUGGUUCAGCUUUAGAUUAUAAAAUAAAUGAAAAAAUAAUAUAUAUAAAAUGUAAAAGUCAAGGACUAUAUAUCCUUAAUCUCUUCCUCUUUGUUUGCCCUUCUUUAUCCUUGAAUCAUGUUGCCUUAAAUAUUUAUUUUUAGAUUUUAGAUUUUAAGUUUCUGCCUCUGAUCCAUAAACAAUAGCAUAUAGUUCUUGCUUUCCCGCUGAGGUUUCAUAUUUUGGAAUUGCUAGAAAAAUACCAGAACCCAUUCCCAAUAAUUCCCCCCCACUCUAUAUAAACAGUUAUCUGAUCACUACUCGAUUUAUUAUUAUUUCCAAGCACUCUUGUAGAGUUUUAAGAGAUUUUUUGCCUAAAAAACACACCACAGCACAUGUUAGCAUGCCCCGAAAAAAAUAAAUAUAAAAAUCAAAUAAAAAUGAUAUGAUAUACCUAUACAUAUAUGCAACAGAUACAAAUCAAGAGGUCGAAAAAAAUAAUACUAAAAAUGAAAAAAAUACUAAAAUGCAGCCAACAAUCAAUUUUUCGCGCUUCUUACACUCGAACUCCGAUCCGAUAAUAUUGUGAAAAGAUAUUGUACAUAAGACCGGAUAUGUUUGAGGAUCUAAAAAACAAAAACAUAAAUAAAAAAUAAAAAAAAAAGUAAUUUUUAAGAAACACAAACAAGGCAUCAUCUGUAUUUCGAUAAUCUUUGGAAAGCAAACACGUUUUUUGUCAACAACUCUAUUGAUAUUUAUAUAUAUACACUUAAAAAAAUAUAUAUAUACAUACAUCAAAUAAAAUAUUAUAAUAAAUAUAUAUUUUUUUUUUGGGUAUCUUGUAAGCGUUAAUGAUACUUCU